GGGGCGGAGCGGAGGUUUGAAAUGUGAGGGAGAAGCAAAAGCCACCCAGAAAAAAAUAAUUUCGGUUUUGUUUUCGCGUCUUCCGUUUCCGAUUUGGGGAGCGGCGGUUCGGAGUGGGCGGCAGGCUCCGCUGUUCGUUCUUGCAGCGGGGGGCGGCAGGCCGGCAGAGGAGGGAGGUGCGGGGGAAUUAUCCUGUCCUUCAGUGGUCGCGUCUUGAUGCGUCUUCCUUUGAUGAUUUCUUGGCCACCUGCGUGUGCUGCUGCUCCUAGUACGCCAGCGCUUUGAUUCGUUCGCCAGGCUUUGCUUUGGUUUCGGGUCCUUUGGCCUUUCCUUUCGCCAAAGAUUGCAGCUUUGGCAGCCGCAGCCUCUUUUCUUCUUCGCCGAUUCCAAGCUUGGCCCGGCUAUUCCCCCCUUCAAAAAUCGCGCAGAGUUUGUGGUUUUAACCCCACCCCGUGCGGGCUAAGUCGAAAUUUGUCCUUGUCGCGUGCGAUUGGUGCUGAGUUGAGGUUCAGAACCUGAAAUUUUGAGGAUUCCUGGAGGAAUUUUGAGUCUGUGUGUGGAAUUUGGGGUUUGUCAGGUUGCCACUUUUGAGCCCUUGGUGAGUUAGGGGGCUCUUGCCUCUGAAGUUAUCGCUGUUUUGAUGCGAAAUGAGGAAAUUUCUGGCCCCUGUGCUAUUCGGCUGUUGGAUUUGGCGUUUUGGUGUCUGAGCCUUGGUGUAAGUCACUGGUUUUGGGCUGGUGGCUUGUUGGUUUCCCAGUGGUGAUGCUCUCUGCGGCCACCGUGAUGGCACCUGCAGCCGCCACAGAGAAGAGCUCCCUCGAGGUCUUCCUCGAGACGAUAAAGAAGCGUGAUGAGCAGCCUAAGGAUGCCCCUCCGGCAUUGCCGGCCCGACCAACGUGCCGUGGACGGUUGCCCUCGACAAGACGACCCUCACUGCCAGCCGGGUUUAAGCUUGAGAAUGGCAUGGCAACAGUUGCUGCUGUGGAGUCGGCUCUGGUUGACAAGAAGCCAGAUGUUAAGAAAGAGAUUUCUGGGCUGGAGACCAAGGAGGACAAGCCAGUGAAAGGUUGCAUAUUUGGGACUAAGAGGAAGUUCCACAAUUCAGAAGUGCUGGAGGAGUCACCAUAUGUUGAGAAAUUCCAUGAGGAGAGGAAGGGUACAACAGUUUGUAAGGAUCCCCCAUCUGUCUCCUCGGCAACGGCGAAGAUGAAUGGGAAGUCAGCAUGCACAGAUGUCAUGGAUUAUGUCCUCCAGAAGAAGCUACGAGUUUGGUGUUCUUCACCAAAUGCAAAGUGGGAACUUGGACAGAUUAAAUCGAUAUCUGGAGAUGAUGCUGAAAUUCUCCUGGCUGAUGGAAAAAUUUUGACAAUAUCACCAGAAAGGCUCUUGCCUGCCAACCCUGAUGUUCUUGAUGGAGUGGAUGAUUUGAUCCAGAUGAGCUACUUGAAUGAACCUUCAGUUCUUCACAAUCUGCAAUUGCGAUAUUCUCGUGAUCUUAUUUAUACAAAAGCAGGACCUGUUUUGAUUGCUGUUAAUCCAUUAAAAGAGAUUCCACUCUAUGGAAAAGCUUCAAUGUUGCAGUACAAGCAAAAGACCAAGGAUGAUCCUCAUGUGUAUGCAGUUGCCGAUUUAGCUUUUAAUGAGAUGCUACAAGAUGGCAUAAACCAAUCCAUAAUAAUAAGUGGUGAAAGCGGAGCAGGAAAAACUGAGACGGCUAAAAUUGCAAUGCAAUAUUUGGCUGCUCUAGGGGGUGCUAGUGGGAUGGAAUCUGAGGUUCUUCAGACCAAUGUUAUUCUGGAAGCAUUGGGAAAUGCAAAAACAUCACGAAACCAUAACUCAAGUCGAUUUGGCAAACUUAUUGAAAUACACUUUUCUGAAACUGGGAAGAUGUGUGGUGCUAAAAUUCAGACCUUCCUGCUUGAAAAGUCAAGGGUGGUUCAAAGGGCACAAGGAGAGAGAUCUUACCAUAUUUUCUAUCAACUGUGCUCUGGAGCUCCUCCCCUUCUAAAAAAAAAAUUGUCUCUGAAAAGUGCCAAUGACUACACUUAUUUGAAGCAGAGUAAUUGCUUGAGAAUUGACGGUGUCGAUGAUUCUAAAAUGUUCACUGUGUUAGUGGAUGCAUUGGAUACUAUUCAAAUAUCUAAGGAAGACCAAAUGAAAUUGUUUUCUAUGCUCGCAGCUGUCUUGUGGAUGGGAAACAUAUCAUUCUCUGUUGUAGAUACUGAAAACCAUGUGGAAGUUGUUUCAAAUGAAGGGUUGGCUACGGCUGCAAAGCUGCUAGGUUGCACUUCCAAUCAACUGGUGACUGCUAUGUCCACUCGUAAAAUCCGAGCUGGAAAUGACAGUAUUGUUAAAAAGCUGACAUUGACGCAGGCCAUCGAUGCAAGGGAUGCACUAGCAAAGUCAAUCUAUGCCCAUUUAUUUGACUGGAUUGUUGAGCAAAUUAACCACUCACUUGGAAUGGGGAGGCAAUGUACAUGGAGAUCCAUAAGUAUUUUAGAUAUUUAUGGGUUUGAGUGUUUCAAUAAAAAUGGCUUUGAGCAGUUUUGUAUAAAUUACGCCAAUGAGAGGCUGCAGCAGCACUUCAACCGUCAUCUUUUCAAACUACAACAGGAGGAAUACUUGGAAGACGGAAUUGACUGGGCUCCUGUGAAAUUUGUGGAUAACACUGAUUGCUUAUCUCUCUUUGAGAAGAAACCUCUAGGGUUAUUGUCAUUAUUGGAUGAAGAGUCUACUUUCCCAAAGGCAACAGACCUUUCCUUUGCUAACAAGCUUAAGCAACAGUUAAGUGCUAACUCUUGCUUCAAAGGUGAACAAGAAGGCGCUUUUAAGAUUUGUCACUAUGCGGGAGAGGUGACAUAUGAUACAUCUGGGUUCUUGGAGAAGAACAGAGAUUCGUUGCACUCUGAGUCAAUCCAACUACUCUCAUCAUGUAAAUGUGAACUUCCGAAACAUUUUGCCUCUGUCAUGGUUGCUGAUUCUCAGAAUAAAUCAAGUCAGUCAUGGCACUCAGUAGUCGAUACACAGAAACAAAGUGUUGUCACCAAAUUUAAGGUUCAACUGUUCAAGUUGAUGCAGCAGUUGGAGAGCACAACUCCUCAUUUUAUUCGAUGCAUUCAACCAAAUGGCAAACAACGUCCCAGGUUAUUCGAGCAUGAUCUUUUCUUGCAUCAGCUUAAAUGCUGUGGAGUGCUUGAAGUUGUUCGAAUAUCAAGAACAGGCUAUCCAACUAGGAUGACUCACCAACAGUUUGCUGAAAGAUAUGGAUUUCUUCUCCUGCGUUCUAUUGCGUCUCAAGACCCACUUAGUGUUUCAAUUGCUGUUUUGCAGCAGUUGAAUAUUCCCCCUGAAAUGUAUCAAGUUGGCUACACGAAAUUGUUUUUCCGUACAGGACAGGUCGCUGCACUGGAAAAUGCUAAAAGGAAGAUGCUCCAUGGAACCCUUUGUAUUCAGAAACACUUCCGUGGGUUGCAUUUUCGACAGGGUUAUCAGGGACUGAAGAAAGGAGCAAUGACUUUUCAGUCAUUUAUACGCGGUGAAAGAGCAAGAAUACACUUUGAUAAUGUCAUCAAGAGAUGGAGGGCAGCUGUUCUCAUACAGAAGUACACUAGGCGUCGAAUUGCAGCUACCAUGUUUAAUGAUCAACUGAAACAUAUCAUUCUUCUUCAGUCAGUGAUGCGUGGGUGCCUGGCCAGGACAAAAUACAAAUGCUUGCAGAAUGAAAUGGAGUCAAAGGUCAGUCACAACAAAGUUCAAGGGGACAUGAGGAAGAAUAUUUCAGAGUCAAGGGUGUGUCAUGAAAUGAAUGGACGCUAUCCUCACCAGCCAGUCAUCACAAAACUUGAGAAUCGUAUUUCAAAAGCUGAGGCUGCAUUGCGGGACAAAGACGAAGAAAAUGUAAUGCUGAAACAGCAAUUGGAACAGUAUGAGAGGAAAUGGUCGGAGUAUGAGGCCAAAAUGAAAUCUAUGGAAGAGGCAUGGAAGAGACAGCUCUCUUCACUGCAGCUGAGCCUUGUUGCUGCUAAAAAGAGCCUAGUUUCUGAUGACGUGGCCAGUCGAGCCGCUCGGAGUGAUUUUACUCCAGCACAUGCUCAGUAUGACUCUGAAGAUACAUUGUCCACCGGGACCCAUACACCUGAAGUGAUAGAGUCGAGACACCACAACCACCAUCCUGAAGCUAAAGUUUCAGCAGGAAACUCAGAUAGGCGAGUAAAUGCUGUGAACCACCUAGCAAAGGAGUUCGAAGACAGGCGACAGGUGUUCGAAGACGAUGCGGGCUUCCUUGUCGCAGUCAAGUCCGGUCAGGUUGGUUCAAAUAUGAACCCAGAUGAGGAACUCCGGAAGCUCAAGGACCGCUUUGCUACAUGGAAGAAAGAUUACAAAUCUCGGUUGAAGGAGACAAAGUUCAAUCUUCAGAAGGUUGGCACUCAUGAUGAGAAAACCCGGAAAAGAUGGUGGGGGAAGAAAAGCUCAAAGUGAAUGUGCAAGGUAACACCAGAUCCUUCCCCACAUUUUGCUGCCAUUGGGUCAAGGAAAGUGACCAAGAACGACAGGGCAGGCGAGAAGAAAUCCUCCCGGUUCUUCUCUUCAUCGCAAGCCUGCUGAGAUGAUGAUGAGCUCCAUCGUCGGUGGAGUGCUGUUACUCAGUCCAGUGUUGCUGAGUGUCAAAAGAAUCAAUACAGCGUCCAUAGGUGAAGCAAGAGUUCUGUACAUGUAGAUUAGUCCUCAGUUUCCCGUGUAUGUAUGACAUCGUUUGCGUAGAGUGAUAAAGUUGAGAUAUGAAGGGUAAUUAGACACAGAUUAUCCGUCAUGAGCAAAUAGAGAUGCGACAGCAGCGCUGUAAGAUGUGUACAGUGAGAAAAUGUUCAAAUGGGCAACGCAUCUUACUGUGUUCUUCUUGCCUUUGGUGCUCGCUUACUCUGAAGAAGUUAUGCUCCGCUGUUGUACCAGACUAUGGAAAGCUUCAGAAUGCCUGAUGGUGCCAGGCAUCUAUCUCUUCA